AUGAAGCGGUUCAUGGGCAUAUCCGCUGAGACGGCGGAGCGAAGUAAAGAAGACAUACAUCGCAUAUUUGACAAAGUGGAGAGGGCCAUAGAGAGGAACCCUACGAGAUCAGGGUUUAUCGUGGGCGAUAGAUUCACAGCUGUAGAUCUCACGUUUGCAGCACUGGUCAGUCCGAUUGUACAGCCCGAUGCGUUCGCUGAUAUAAACCCAAAACUCAGUCGGAUGCCAAAAGAACUGCAGGAGAGCGUACCGGUAUUCCGAGAUACAAUUGCGGGACAGCACGCAGCGGCUUGCUAUACCAACUACCGAUUUGCAACGCUGGACUCCAACAAAGUGGUACCACGUGUGCUUCCUGGCAAACGAAUACGGUUCCGCAGUGGUCCUAGAAAUAACUUAGUAAACAUAGCGCUAGUAGGCGCAUCCGUAGGGUCGGUGAGUCUCGCAUCGGCGCUGCUGGUGGCGAUUCCUGCGCUCAAG